AUGUGGUCCGUGCCACUUUCCUGUCUUUCUCUUCUCGCGGCGGCGCUCCAGCCCGUCGCGGCUAUCUGGCCCGCCCCGCAGAGCUACACCAAGGGCGACUCGGUCCUGUACCUGCACCAAAAUAUCAAGAUCACCUACAAUGGCGCAUCCGUAUGCUGGUUUUGCUCUCUUUCUUGCCCCUCUCCUUCCUUUCCCUCUUCCACUCUUCACCGGGAUUAUGUUCCGUACACAUACGGAUAUGUUCCCUCCGCCUUGAGCAGCAAGGAGAUCGUGCAGGCGGGCAUCUCCAGGGCGCUCGCCGGCAUCUUCGACAGCAAAUUUGUGCCGUGGAAGCUGCACAAGCCCCGGUCCAAGUGGGAGCCCGAUGUGCACAAGGACCAGAAAUUCCUCAAGACGCUCAAGAUCGUGCAGACCGGCAAGGACCACCCGAGCGCGUUCAAGCCGCUCGCCGGCGAGGUCGACGAGUCGUACAACCUAACGGUGAGCGCGGCUGGCGAUGUCAAGCUCUCGGCCGUCUCCUCGAUCGGCGUGCUCCACGGCCUCGAGACCUUCUCCCAGCUUUUCUACCAGCAUUCUACCGGGACCUCCUGGUACACCCCGUACGCGCCCAUCGACAUUCGCGAUGCGCCCAAGUUCCCUCACCGUGGCAUCAUGAUCGACACGGCCCGCAACUACCUGCCCGUCGAGAACAUCCUCCGCACCAUCGACGGCAUGUCCUCGAGCAAGCUGAACCGGCUGCAUGUCCACGUCACCGACUCGCAGUCGUGGCCGCUGGAGAUCCCCGCCCUGCCCGAGGUCGCAGAGAAAGGCGCCUACCACCCAAGCCAGACCUACACACCGACCGACAUCGAGAGCAUCCAAAAGUACGGCGCGGUCCGCGGCGUCGAGGUGUACUUUGAGAUCGACAUGCCGGGCCACAUCGGUGUGGUCUCGCUCUCCCACCCGGAGCUGAUCGUUGCCUACAACGAGCUGCCAUACUACUGGUGGUGUGCGGAACCGCCAUGCGGCGCGUUCAAGCUCGACAACGACAAGGUCGACGCCUUCCUCGAGAAGCUCUGGGACGACCUGCUGCCGCGUGUGCACCCGUACUCGGCCUACUUCCACACCGGUGGCGACGAGCUCAACGCCAACGACUCGAUGCUCGACGACGGCAUCCGCUCCAACCAGACCGAGGUGCUGCAGCCACUGCUGCAAAAGUUCAUCGACACGCAACACAAGCACAUCCGCAAGGCUGGCCUCACCCCGGUCACCUGGGAGGAGAUUCCGCUCGACUGGAACGUCACCCUCGGCAAGGACACAGUCGUCCAAUCGUGGCUUGGUGGUGACUCGGUUAAGAAGCUGACCAACCUCGGCCUCCAGGUUAUUGACAGCAACUACAACUUUUGGUACCUCGACUGCGGUCGCGGCGGCUGGAUCAGCUGGAACAACGAAAACUUCGAGACCGGCUAUCCCUUCAACGACUGGUGCGGCCCGACCAAGAGCUGGGGUCUCGUGUACGCCUACGACCCCGUCGCCGGCCUCACCCCAGAGCAAGCCAAGCUCGUCCUGGGCGGCGAGGUCGCCGUGUGGGCCGAGACCAUCGAUGCGGCCAACAUCGACUCGGUCAUCUGGCCCCGCGCCAGCGUGGCGGGCGAGGUGCUCUGGUCUGGUCGCCAGGACGCGUCCGGGCAGAACCGCUCGCAGUAUGAUGCUGCGCCGCGUUUGAAUGAGUUCCGGGAGCGGCUGGUGCUGAAGGGCUUGCGGUCUGCGCCGAUCCAGAUGACGUUUUGCACGCAGGGCUCGGCGGAGGAGUCUAUGCGGAAACGCGGCCAGCCUACAAAACUGGCAAAUAUUUCUAUUUUCAAGGCCGCGAGGCCCGGUGAGCACACCAUCCCGGGAUACUCCUUGGUAGAAGGCGACGAGGUCGUGACGUUCGUUGACCCAACCCGGUCCAUCAAUCAACGCACAAUGGGGCUCAUCGAAGCUCUCGUCGACAAUGUGUCGAUCAAGGGCGCCGUGUUCCUGUUACCCGGCCUCGUCUUCGCCUAUGUCUUAUAUAGCAUGGUACUGUGGCCAUUGGUCCAGGAGACCAAACUCCUCCGGCUACCAGGGUCGAGGGCGCCCGGCCUCCCGUCGGUCAUGCCAUUUUGUCUGGACUUUCUUUACAACGGCAUCCGCGCAGGCAAGAAACACGAGAACCUGACGUUUUGGCGGCGCAUGCUAGCUCAUACACCGAUGUACACGGCCGAGGGCCGUAUCGCCGGCCGCCGGAUCGUGUUCACCGCGGACCCGGAGAAUAUCAAGGCUAUUCUCGCCACCCAGUUCAGCGACUACGGCAAGGGCGAGCCGUUCCACCGCGAGUGGAAGGCCUUUCUCGGCGACAGCAUCUUCACGACCGACGGCACCCUGUGGCACGACAGCCGGCAGCUGAUCCGCCCGCAGUUUAUCAAGGACCGUGUAAGCGACUUGCAUGUGUUUGAAAAGCACAUGCAGACCCUGUUCCGCGCCAUCGCGAACGGGGGUGCUCUUAACAGCGAGCACCAAGCCGUCGAUAUGGAAGCCGGGAACGGAAAGCCCCUGGAAAUCAGCGAUCUCUUCUUCCGGUUCACCCUCGACUCGGCCACCGAGUUCCUCCUCGGCCAGGACGUCAAAUCGCUCAGCCACCCGCGCCAAAAGUUCGCCGAAGCCUUCGCCGAGGUCCAGCGCGUCCAGGGCAUCAUCUCCCGAACCGGCGCCCUCAACGGCCUCGUCCCCCGAGGCACCUUCCACGAAGGCAUGGCCACAAUCGACGACUUCAUCAACAUGUACAUCGAGCGCACCCUCCGCCUCAGCCCAGAGGAACUCUCCACCAAAUCCAAAAGCGAUUCCGGCUACACCUUCCUGCAUGCCCUCGCCGGCUACACCCGCGACCGCCAGGUGCUGCGCGACCAGCUCAUCGCCAUCCUCCUCGCGGGGCGCGACACCACCGCCUGCACGCUGUCGUGGACCGUCUAUGAGCUGGCCCGCCAUCCGGAGGCCCUGGCGAAACUGCGCGCCGAGAUCUUGUCCGUGGUGGGGCCGACGAGGGCGCCGACGUAUACUGACCUGAAGGGCAUGAAGUACCUGCAGAAUGUCAUGAACGAGACUUUGCGGUUAUACCCUGUUGUGCCGUACAACGUCCGCCUCGCCCUAAACGACACCACCCUCCCGCACGGCGGCGGUCCCACCGGUCUCGACCCCGUCAAAGUCCUCAAAGACACACCCAUAGGCUACUCCACGCUAGUCAUGCAACGCCGCGCCGACCUCUACCAGCCACCCAGCCCCGACUUCGCCCCCGUAGACGUUUUCUCCCCGGACCGGUGGUUCACCUGGCAGCCGAAACCGUGGCAGUACAUUCCGUUUAAUGGCGGGCCGCGGAUUUGUAUUGGGCAGCAGUUUGCGCUGACUGAGAUGGGGUAUGUGCUUACGAGGUUGUUUCAGAGGUAUGAGAGGAUUGAGAAUUAUAUGCCGGUGGGUGUGGAGCCGAGGUUGAAGGCGGAUAUUGUGUUGCAGCCGGCGGAUGGGGUGAGGGUGGCUUUGUGGGAGGCUAAGGGGGCCAGGGACAGUGAGAGUGAGAGUGAGAAAUAG